CGCGACAGCCAGCUCGGGGUCGUGAGGUUUGUCGACGUUCCUUUUAUUUCUCCUCCUUGCUAAGUUUUCUUGAGCACCAGAGUCUAGGCAAUGUUGCAGUUUCGAAUUUUAUAGCCUAUCUCCUGUGAAACUUCCCUGGGCAACUAUCGAACUAUUCCAAAACUGGACUAUCAAAAGCCAACAUUUGCGUUCCUUGAGGCAGACCGGACACCAUAGCUCUGCCAUUAUGGGGCGUAAACUGUUUGGCUCCCGCCCUAAGCCUCGUAGUGGCAGUCGGUUGAAAAAUCCACCUGCCACGGAUCACGAGCCUAGCAGCGAGCCGCCGCCAAAACGACGCAAAUAUAUCCCAGGGGGCCCCGGAGGUGGUGGAAGAUAUGUGGAAAUUGACGGCACGGAGACACCCGUGCGGCCGGUAAACUCCGCUAGUCAGAACAAAACGGCAUCCCGUAGUCGGCCUCCCCGCGAAACUCCUCGAACAGCUCCCCCCAAGCCCCCUCCACCUCCCCCGGCAACGCCACCUGCCUCUACUCGUCCAAGACGCGAAAAGAACCAGGGCCGUCGGUUCAGCUCUGCAGCCGCUGCUGUACUUGCUGUUGCGCAGGGAGAUGGAUACAAGCCGAGAGAGGAGAGAGGCUGGGAAGAGUUCCAUCCCGAUCUUGAUAUCGACGCCAAAAUAGCGGUUUUCAGCUCAGAAGAGGUGGAUGGCGUUCUACAAAAUGAUAUGCUGCAAGAUAUGAGUAAUGGUGAUGGUGUUAUGGAAGCAGAGAACUCGAUCGUGUCCACGCCGACGGCGUCAACGCCGGGCAUCAAACGACGGCCAGGAAGGCCUCGGCGAGGAGAUAAUAUGUCGAACAACAUGGUUCCCUUCCAACUGCCCAAAUUAGUUCCUCCACCUGGGCCCAAUCCUCGAGAGAAGCUUACUUUGCCCAAGCCUUCGUUCGCUCUCAAGGACCCAUUCUUGCCUUUCGAGCAGAAGGGUGUAGGGCAGCAAAACUAUGUUGAUCGCACAAUGGCAAGUGUUGGCUAUCAGGAAAGUGAUAUUUUUCUUCGGCACGAGAGGCGCCUAAUUCGCAUGACCGAAGAUGUCGUCGAAGAGGACCUGGAUUUGGAUCCUCCCACUGCUACUGAUGGGGAUUCUGGGAAUGCUGCGGUAGGAAACACUGGUGUUGGGCGAGUCGAGUAUGAUAUGGAUGAACAAGAUGCCAAAUGGCUAGAAGCAUACAACGCUCAAAGGAGAAUUGACCAGUUUGAGCCAAUCAAACCGGCCAUUUUCGAGAUCACCAUGACGAAGAUUGAGAAGGAAUGGUAUGCCCUCGAAAAAAGAAUCCCAAAACCUAAUCCUAAGCCACCACAAACUCAGCGACCUCGCUCAAGCUCUGCUGCAGCGGUCAAUGGCGAACAUGCUGGCACAGGCGAGGAGCAAGAUAGCAAGUGUGCUGUCUGUGAUGACGGGGACUGCGAGAACUCUAAUGCUAUUGUCUUUUGUGAUGGCUGCGAUCUUGCUGUCCAUCAGGAAUGCUACGGAGUUCCCUAUAUACCCGAAGGUCAAUGGCUUUGCCGCAAAUGCCAGCUGAUUGGUCGCGGAUCCCCAUCCUGUAUUUUUUGCCCGAACACAGAAGGCGCCUUUAAACAGACAAACACCUCGAAAUGGUCCCAUCUUCUAUGUGCUGUCUGGAUUCCCGAGGUGUCGAUCGGCAACCCUUCUCUCAUGGAGCCUGUGCUGGAUGUAGAAAAGGUCCCAAGAAGCCGUUGGAAGCUAACAUGCUACAUCUGCCGGCAAAAGAUGGGUGCAUGUAUUCAAUGUAGCAACAAAAACUGUUUUGCUGCGUUUCACGUAACUUGCGGGAGGCGGGCGCGGCUCUACUUGAAAAUGAAGUUGACUCCGGGAGUGCCUGCGAUUAUGGACUCUAACUCUUUGAAGGCGUUCUGCGAUCGGCAUGUCCCUCCAGAUUGGCGAAGGGAGUAUAAUACCGACGGUGCUAUUGCAGAUGCCAUGGAAUACUAUCGUACUACGAUGCAAGGCCGGCGAUGGGGCGACAGCCAGGCAGCUGCCCUUGCUCUUGGGCCAGAGCCUCAGGGCGAUGGUGAAGUAGCCGAGGAUGACCAGAGACCUGUGACUCCACGCAUUACGUUGACCGUGGGUGGUAACAAACGCAAACGGCUUGGGCCUCCGAAAAUGGUGUGGAAACUUCCAUCUGGGGCUCCUGUUGUACCCCAGGUUAUCCUGAAUAACGUGAUUGUUUCCUUACAGCGUUUUACUGUACGUCAACGGAAGCAGUAUGCUGAGGAUGCCUGCAAAUACUGGACGUUGAAAAGAGAGGCAAGAAGGGGGGCAGCUCUUCUGAAGAGACUACAACUACAAUUAGAAACGUUCUCUUCGAUGGAAAUGACGCGACGUAACUUCGCUGGGAUGGGCCCCACCGGAAGCGUAAGACUUCAACGACGGAUAGAGUUCGCCGAUCGCCUGUCUUUAGAUGUGGAUAAGGUCCGCAUGCUCUGCGAUGAGGUAAAGAAAAGAGAACGCGAGAAGCUUAAAGACGCCGAAACACUUCGAAAUAUUGUGGACUUGGUAUAUUUCCCUAUUUUGCCAAUGAUUUGGCCGAUUUUUGAGAGAGUACAGGCGCUCGAUGGAAAAGGGAUAUUUCGUGUGGGCCUACUCUCGAUUCGCUCGAACUUGGAAAAUAGGAGUUACACAUCGGUUUCGGCAUUUUCCCGUGAUCUGGCUCAUGUGUUCACCUCAGAAAUUGGGGUUGAGUCUGUUGGUGAUACUGCAGAGCUACAGCUACAGAUGCAAAUCAGCGGGAGGGCCCCCGAACUGAGCUUGGAGCAGCGUGAGAAGCGGAAACUCGCAAAACGGAUCAUCAAAGCCGUCCAACCAGCUUUGGAAGAUGCCUUGAAGAAGGAAAGCGAACUGAGCGGUAAACCGUACGAAAGGGAGUUAAGAGAUUUGGAUCUCAUGCUCGAGAAUAGUGUGCUCUCUCGAAGGGGCUCUUUUUACGAUUCGAUUGAGGGGCCUGCUACUCUAGCUGAGCCUUGCAUGGGCGCGUCAAUGCCGAACGGUAUAGGAUCAAAUCCUGAAGGGCAGGACAACCGCAGCAAUGAUAGUGUGGAUGUUGAAAUGACGGAUGCAGUGGAUCUUGGACAAAAAGGCGAUGAACCUCUAACAAUAUCCACAGAAAUUGGUGUUUUGAAGCAAAUGAAUGGAGAAGAGAAAAUGACGGACGCUGCGAUGACUGACGGCUCACACCAAAUCAACCUAGACCACCCUCCAGUGUUCACCCCUCCAACAGUCGUCAGUGCUGUCUCAAGCGAGUUGGACUCUACGGCCCUAAAUCACCCCAAAGCAGCCGACAGCCUCACUAAACCACAGGAUAUUGAAGCACAAGCGGCUCCUCCAACCCCGCCUGCGAGCUUCAAAGAUAGUCACCAGCCGCCUUUGGCGCAAGGUGGUAUUCAGUGGUACAUGGAGCCAUUCGACCCCGUUGGGACUACCAUUCACGAGGAACGGUGGACAGGGCGCGAGGUGCUACGCGGUAUGAGCGAAGAGCUGAGCGAACUUGACGAAGAUGAGUUGCGUCAUCUAGUUGACGAUGAAUUUGAUAAUGGAGCCCCAGAACAACCGAAUGAUGCUGGCGGCAUCAAGGGUGCCAAUCAGCCGGGGAGGAUGGAAAUGCCCCAGCCAAAGGGGCCAAGGACCAGGCGGCGUUGGCGUGGAUUUAGAUAGGAUUGACGGGUUUUGAUGCUUGGUUCUGUCGACUAUGUACUCUAAUAACUUUGUGCUCUUUCGACGGAGUUUGCAAGGCGCUGUUCUUGUAGUUCUUGAGAUACCAUACACCAGUAGCUUAGGGUAGUAAAUAAGAUUUGCCGUUAUGGAUUUA